AUGUAUGCAAAAUGGCAUGUUGUGCAACUGUUUCAGAUGUGGAUCUUUCUUUUGUAUUAUGAGGAUUUGUCAUGGCUACUAGCAGGACCUUUCAUCAAUAUUUGGAUUGACUCCUCUAUCUUGAAUAAAUGCUUCGCCAGAGCUGACAUAUUAAAUUUUGAAUGCCCCGUCGGAGUCAAUCAAAUGCCCCAUGGGAGUCAACAUUUUGAAUUCUCAAUUCCCUGUCAUGUUUUCAAUUUCAAUGACAAACACCCCAACGGAGACAUCCCCCGCGGCACCUUCAAUUUCAAUGUCAAACACCCCAAUGGAGACAUCCCCCACGGCGCCUUCAAUCUCAACCUCAAACACCCCGACAGCAACAUCCUCCGCGGUGCUUUCAAUUUUAAUGACAAACACCCCGAUGGAGACAUCCCCCACGGCACCUUCAAUCUCAACCUCAAACACCCCGACAGCGACAUCAUCUGCAGUGCUUUCAAUUUCAAUGACAAACACCCCGAUGGAGACAUCCCCCGCGGCGCCUUCAAUUUCAAUGUCAAACACCCCAACGGAAACAUCCCUCCCCGCUCCGGGGUCAUGGGACAGCUUAGGCGCCAACCUGCAUCACAGGAAGACGCCAUCAACAUCACACAUACCUCGCUUAUUCAUUGCCGCCAUCUCUCAGCCUCGGACACAUCAAGAAGACGCCGACGCCAGCUCGGUUUCACAAUGAGAACUGAGAGGGCCGUGAAAAUGCAAGUACCCACAGCUCUCGAGGGUUGUAAUUCUGUGAAUUUGGACAACAAUCUUGCUUCUAUGACCACCCUCGUGCCUUCAGAACAAACACUUGAUUACAACUCAGUAAUCACUGACAAAUCCUCUCUCCCAAAUCAUUCAAGCUAUGCCUGGUACACGUCCCUACCCUCAAGCCACUCGGUUGCCAGGAGAUGUUUCCUUGAUGGGAAAAUUUCCUGUGAGAAUUGGACCCUACACUAUGAUCCUCCUGAGAAAAAUCCUCCCUGUCUAUGCCCUGAACCUCAACCACCGCCUCUUAAACCGUUGAACUGCCAACAAGACCCAAUACGACCUUUUCCUAUGAGUUCGCUAGCCCCCUCUGCUGGGGAAGAAAGCUCCAGAAACAAAACCCGACACACAAACAACUUGGCGAGUCAAGAGCUCGUCACUCCGUUAACAAUGAGGAAGAAAGGAAAGGGCAUGGCCAUGACAGAGGAAAUGGAUCCUGAUGCUGCCACACCUGUUAACAGCAAUCCCCUGCCCACUAAAGGUCCAGUGCUUUCGGGACCUCAUCCCGCGCACAGGAUCAACCCUACUGAGGCCUCUUUGUUACCCGCUGCUUCCUCUAGCGUGAACUUAACGGACUGUUGGCUACCACUUUUAUGA